CCCCAGCUCCUAUUUAGACUGAAAUUGAUUUACUCUUUUUUCAGCCAAAUGGGAUUUUCAAUACUCUUUUUGUUCUUACUUUCAUCUGCUUUUCACAUAAAUCUCUCUUCCUCCGAAGUUGCUGAUGAUUUUCGUAAGAGUUGUGAUACCAGCAACGGCAACUUCACCGCUAACAGUACCUACGAGGCCAACCUCAAUCGUCUCUUCUCCCAACUCUCCUCCGACCAGGAUUUCAACCAUGGGUUCUAUAAUAUGUCCGUUGGCCAAAGUCCUGAUCAGGUCAAUGCAAUUGCACUCUGCAGGGGAGACCAACAGGAGGACGUCUGCAGAAGUUGCCUGAACGACACUAUCUACGCGCUCCAACAACAUUGUCCCUACAACAAAGAAGCAAUCGGAUGGUCAGAAUUAUGUACUCUACGCUACUCAACACGAAAAAUUUCCGGAGUUCUGGAAACCGAUCCUUUCACUGGAAUGUGGGGAAUUGGUAACCGUUCUGCGCCGCGUGAUGAUAAUGAUUUCGACAGGGCCUUGAGUUUCUUGUUGAAAAAUUUAAGCGUCGAAGCGGCUGCCAGAGGUCCUCUUUCCAAGUUUGCAGCAGGUUUAACAGCUUCUUCCCAAAUUAUUUAUGCCAUGGUGCAGUGUACACCGGAUCUGUCCCAGCAAAGUUGCAGUGCUUGUCUGGCGAAGGCCAGUGGCGACAGGAUGAAGAGCUACUGCUAUGGAAGAACUGCGUGCAGAGUUUUGCAACCCAGCUGUUUCUUAAGAUACGAGAAUAAUUUAUUUUUGGACGACUACACAGCUAAUAUCACAAUGGUGCCGUUUUCACCUCCUGCAAAUCUCUUUCGUUGUUCUGUAACCCUGCAAUAUAUUGAUUAAAAGUAGGAUACGGAGGCUUAGAUAACUUUUAUAACGACAUCUUGAUAAAUCAAGAAUAAAGUCAUGCAAAAUGA